CAGGCUCGUAAUGAGGAAAAAGCGCAAUCUAUGCUCUACCGUUUUCGAGAGGCCCAAGCGGCGGAGUUGGGUCUUGGAACACGAGCGGAUCGUCGGCCACGGAUGGCUAGCGCGUGCAAGAGUCUUAGAGAAUGUGAAAGAUGGAGAGGAGAGAUUCUGAGAGAAAUCAGCAGAAAGGUCUCAAAGAUUCAGGAUGCUGGGCUUACGGAUUAUGAGGUUCGGGACCUUAACGAUGAAAUUAAUAAGCUCAUGCGCGAGAAACGGCAUUGGGAAAAUCAAAUAGUUGCUUUGGGAGGAGCGAAUUACAGGCGUAAUGUGGCCAUGUUGGAUGAUGACGGCAAAGAGGUUCCAGGAACGAAAGGAUACAAGUACUUUGGUCGCGCAAAGGAUCUUCCAGGAGUCAAAGAGCUUUUCCAGAGUCGUAAAAACGAGGAGGAGGAGGAAAAUCAAGUCCUCGCGUUCUAUAAGAAGUUUUUAAACCAAGGUCCUGCGUACUACGGCGACUUGGACGAAAACGAUGGAAAAGUCCUCCAAUAUGAACGUGAAGCUGAGGAAGAUGAUUGGACCAAAGCAUGCAUCAAUAUUCGAGAGGCUUUGGCCCUGCCCCCCGACUCUUCCUUGCCUCCGUUGCCAAGAAAUUCCGACAAUCACCCGUCUCUCUCCCAGGCGCACCCACCACCCGCUGUGACAUCGAAACGAAAAACCACGGGUGAGGACGAAGAUGUCGAAAUGGGGGCUGUGGAGGAAGAUGCCAAACGGGCGAAGACAGUCUCCUCCCUGUCAACUAAUAUGAUAGACACGGCGUCUGAAGCCGACACCGCUCGCCGACAUGCUCAGAUGGCAGCUUCACACAUCGAUUUCCUCGAUACUGAACACCUUCUUCCACCGUCGCUUCCGACCCACCAAGAGAUGGAGAACGUCCUGCUGAGCCUCAGGAAGAAAGCGCUCGUUGAAGAGUAUUUUGGGGACGGCCAGUCCUGAUCCAUUGCCGGGAUCGGUGCUUUUGACCCAGAGAGAAACCUCAUCAUCCGUGCCUUCCAUACGUCGAAGUCGCCAGGUACAUAUUGCGCCCAAUGUCGAAGCUGUUCUUGUAUUCUUCGCCUUUUGACGAUACAAUGCUGCGUUGCUGAGUUC